CAAUCGCUGGCGGCAGCGGCAGCAGCUGGUUCGUUCCCGUAACAACGCGGAAGCGGCCCAUUCAACCUGCAUUCCCUCAGAGCCCCGGUGGGCGCCUUCAAACCCGGCCCGGCCAUGAGUGCCUGAUCGCCCUCGCCUCCUGCAUUUCUCCCCAGCCCAGCUUUUCCUUCCUCAGGCGAGCCAUGGCCAGCGAGAAGCCCGCUGGCUCGGCGGACGGCGAGGCCCCGAAGCUGCAGUUCCUGCCCUUCAGCAGCGCCUUGGACGCCGGCUUCUGGCACGAACUGACCCAGAAGAAGCUCAACGAGUACAAGCUGGACGAGUCCCCCAAGGCCAUCCGGGGCUAUUACUAUAACGGGGAUCCUGUUGGUAUGCCAGCUCGUUUAACACUAGAAUUCAGUGCUUUUGAUAUGAAUGCCCCAACACCGGCGCACUGCUGCCCUGCUCUUGGAACACUGUAUAACACAAAUACUUUGGAAUCUUUCAAAUCUUGUGAUAAGAAGUUUCUUCUUGAUCAAGCAGCAAUUGAGAUAUGGAAUGCAAUAACAUCAGGGGAUGCUGUUGAAAAUCCUGUCUUACUGAACAAAUUUCUCCUGUUGACAUUUGCGGAUCUGAAGAGGUACCGUUUCUAUUACUGGUUUUGUUACCCUGCAUUAUGUCUCCCAGAAGGUAUCACCUUGAUUCAUCCACCUGUGUGCCUUGGGGCAAAGUUCUCUCCAGCUCAGAUUCAAGCACUCCAGGAUGAGUAUGAUAAGCUUUGCCAGAAAGAAGGUCUCACAGCACUGCCUUAUUUUUUAAUCAAGUAUCAUGAGGAUUCUGUUUCUAUUUCCUUGCUUAAAAACUGGGAUAAUUUCUUCCCUGAUCCAAGAGAGAAGGUGACAAUAGGUGUUUACGACCCCUGUAAUUUUACCCAAUAUCCAGGUUGGCCAUUAAGAAAUCUAUUGGUCCUGGCAGCACACAGAUGGGGCCAUCGACUCAGUUUGGUUGAAGUGCUCUGCUUCAGAGAUAGGACCAUGCAGGGCGCAAGAGACAUCUCCCACAGCACCAUUUUUGAAAUAAAGCUUCCCCAGAUGACCCAGAGUUCAGCAGAUUGUCCAAAAGCUGUUGGAUGGGAGAAAAAUCAAAAGGGAAGCAUGGGCCCAAGAAUGGUCAAUCUAAGUGAAUGUAUGGACCCCAAAAGGUUAGCAGAAUCAUCCGUAGACCUUAAUCUUAAAUUGAUGUGUUGGCGGCUGGUGCCUACCCUUGACUUGGAAAAAGUUGUGUCCGUGAGGUGUCUUCUCUUAGGAGCUGGUACGCUGGGUUGUAGUGUAGCCAGAACCUUGAUGGGAUGGGGAGUCAGGAAAAUCACCUUUGUAGAUAAUGCCAAGAUCUCUUAUUCCAACCCUGUUCGGCAGCCACUCUAUGAGUUUGAAGACUGUCUCGGGGGUGGGAAAUCCAAAGCACUUGCAGCUGCGGACAGACUCCAGAAAAUAUUCCCAGGAGUGAAUGCUGAAGGUUUUAAUAUGAGUAUCCCAAUGCCAGGUCACCCAGUGAAUUUUUCUGAAGUUACACUUCAACAGGCUCACAAAGAUGUAGCACAACUAGAAGAGCUUAUUGAUGCCCAUGAUAUCAUCUUUUUGUUAAUGGACACCAGGGAAAGUCGAUGGCUUCCUGCUGUUAUUGCAGCCAGCAAAAGAAAGCUGGUCAUCAACGCUGCUUUGGGGUUUGACACAUUUGUUGUAAUGAGACAUGGACUAAAGAAACCAAAGCAUCAAGAGGUGGGCGAUUCUCCUUGUAAUAAUCCCUGUGGCUCAACUGAUCUUUUGGGAUCAUCACUCUUCUCAAAUAUUCCUGGUUACAAACUUGGUUGUUACUUCUGCAAUGAUGUUGUUGCACCAGGUGAUUCCACCAGGGACCGAACAUUAGAUCAACAGUGCACAGUCAGUAGACCAGGAUUAGCUAUGAUCGCCGGAGCACUUGCUGUAGAGCUAACGGUGUCCAUUUUACAGCACCCAGAAGGUGGCUAUGCUGUUGCAAGUAGUAGUGAUGACAGAAUGAAUGAACCUCCCACCUCACUUGGGCUCGUGCCUCACCAGAUUCGAGGCUUCUUAUCAAGAUUUGACAAUGUCCUUCCGGUCAGCCUGGCUUUUGACAAGUGCACUGCCUGUUCUCCCAAAGUCCUUGAGCAAUAUGAAAGGGAAGGCUUCAACUUCCUAGCAAAGGUUUUUAAUUCCUCCCAUUCCUUCUUGGAAGAUCUCACUGGUCUGACUCUGUUGCACCAGGAGACCCAAGCUGCUGAGAUCUGGGACAUGAGUGAUGAUGAAACACUGUGAAAACCCAAUGAAUGAAGUGGACAGUGCCCUAAUUUAGGUUUAUCUGUCAUUAGACAAGUUCGUGAUCAUUUAUGUAACUCUGGCUGUUGCAGAUAUAAACACAUUCUAGCUACAUCAUUCAUCAGGUUGGGACAAUAUGUAAAUAGGAGAUAUCACUCUUUUUACUGUUUCUCCCUCAUAUGUAUACACACAUACAGAGACACAUACACAUUGAAAAAUACUAUUUUUUCAGCUUCUACAUAAAUUGUAUAUUUAAAAUAUCCCUUGAGUAAAUUAAUUUGUUGUUUUAAUGGCCUAUAUGAGUUUUUGCUUUAAAUAUUCUGAAUGAAUUUUGACUUCAGAAGGACAUGUAUAACCAAUGAUACAUUUAUAAUUGUGUUUGUGUCUGUGUUGGGCAACAAGAAGUUAGAUAUAUCAGAAUGUGUUUUUUCAUUAAGAUAUUCACAUGUUUGGUAUACAGAAAGGGAUUUGUCCAUGUAAAAGGCUGUGGAGAAAUUGAUUUGAUCAUUUUUGUAGAAACAGAAGGCUUACAGGUGUUUUAAACUUACUAAUUUAAAUAUAGCAUACUUAGGAGAUAAUUCUGAGCAUCUUUUAAUAUUAGUAUUAUGUCUUUUCAUCCUCUAACAUAUGAAAUAAUAAAACAGCCCAAAACGUGUUCAAGCCAGGAAGUAAAAUCCUUAUAUUUGCCAAGAUUAGAUGUAUAGUUUCUAGACAUUGUAUGUAAGUUGACAUUGUAUGUAAGACAGGCUUGGAGUAGGGACGUCCAAGGAUAUAAUGUUAAUGCAUUAAUAUUUUUCCUAGUAACAGAUCACUGAAUCGUGCCCAUUUUAUUUCUACUAUGAUCAAUAACCUGCUUAGCUAUUAAUCUUACAUUUUCAAUUAAGUAACUCUCAGAUAAAACUUCUGUAUUUCAAUAUUGUAACUGGCCAAUGGUUUUUUUGUUUUUGUUUUUGGUGGGUGUUUUGCCAUUUAAGUUGAUCUAGAUAUAGGGAAGACGUGUGUCGUUAAGAAGGCACCCAUUCUUGGAAGCCAAGUAUUUGCAACAGCAGAACUUUCGCCAGCAUAAAGAGAGGCAAAAGUUCAUUUAAAACUAAUGAGAUGGUUUGCAUAGUGGCCUUCAGGCUCACCUUGUAGAGGAAAUUCAGUUCCUCUGAUGCCGGAAUCGAACUUGCACUGGGGGAAAAUUAGCACUCUGCAGCUUGCACUGAGUCACCAACAUGAACGUCAUUUGUAGAUAGUGAAACAGGAAACUCUGUUUUGAAAUUCAACAGCCUUGAUUAACUGAGAGUCCAAAACAGUCUGGUGUCUCCAGAAAUAUUCUCCAGUGACACUUGGAUGAUCAAGCCUGAAUUUGUUAACUCCCCGCUUCCCCCUUCCCAUGGAAUUUUAGCUAUAUAUGACAUUUUAAAAACACAGGGUAAUACGAUGUUUCCUUGCUUAUAAUUCUAGUAACCUAGAGUUGUAUAAGACUGAAUUUGUUUCCUGUACAUAUGUUUCCCAGAUGUCUGUGCUGCACAAAAAUACACCAAUGUGACUUAGAAA